AACAAAGUCUGUUAUUUAAACACUUCUCAAAAAUCUUCCCAAAUACAUUGAUAACUGAAAUAGGUCUAUAAUUGAACAUAUUGUCUUUGCUUCCAGAUUUAAAUAUUGGUAUCACUAUGCUUGAGGAUACUGAGGAUUUGAAACAGAGGUUGAUAAUAUUACAAACUAUUUGUUGUAACUCUAUGUUAUCCACUGGAGUUAGAAACAUAGAGUGAGCAAUGAUGACGACAAUUAACAACAAUUUUUAUGUUUACACCGUCCAACUUCCUCAAGGUUAAAACUUUUUUCAGUUUAUUGGAUCGUAUAAAAUGACUAUAACAAAUACUAAAGACAAUUCUUGCUUAGAAUGAUCCAAGAAAUUUAAAAAAAUGGAGCAAAGAACAUUAUUUUUGAAAUUUGUUCAAAAAUUGUUUAACCCACACCGGGUAAGUUCUUGGCUAUUGAAGCAUUCGUCCUCGUCUAUCUACGUGAAUCACAAAACGUGA